CUCAAUCGCACAAAUGUUUAUUACUGUCUCGUAUAAAAGCCACACACCACACCAUAUGUUAUUUUAUACUGGAAAUCGUCGCUUAGGAGAUGAUGGCGCUGUAGAUGUUUCUUACAGCCUAAAGGUACAAUUUCAUGGUGUCGCUUGUCGCCGAGAUAAGUAGUCACGUGACCAAAUUAUGUCCAGUUCUUGUCGCUAGCGAUGCCGAAGAAAAGUAGGAUUGAAUCCAACUUCUAGCGACGUCGCUUCACGUGAUUAUCAAGUAAAUUUGAAUAUGGAUCUGCAAGAUAUAGCUGUUGUACAUACCUGCGGGAUAUGUGAAACAAUUAUUGAUCAAAACGACAUUCCGAUGCAUGAUUGUAUAAGAGCAUACAAAAAGUUCUUCGUGGAUAAUAAUUAUUAUUUUUAUCCAGUAACAGGUGAUAAUCGCAUUGUUCGACGAAGCCUUGUCAAUAACAAAGAAGUCGUCUUGCCGGUUCGUGAAAAGAUUAGUGGAACUAUAACAACACUUUCGUCAAACGAAUUACAAGCUGAAAAGGAAAAUAGGUCUCAUAAUGAGAGAGACAAAAUCGCAAAGUCUACAUUAAAUUACGAUGACGAGGAACUUUUAAUUUUAUUAGUUCAAGAACGAAGGCCCCUGUGGGAUUUUACUAUUCCAUUAGAACAGCGAUGUCAACGCAUAACAAAAAAACUCUGGGAUGAAGUGUCAGAAACAUUGAGAGGUAAACUUAGUGGUGAAGAAGCAAAAAAAAAUUUAAAAAUUUACAUGACGCCUAUAGACGAAUAAUAAAUACUGAAAAACGCCCUAGUGGGUCGGCUAGACCUCUCCCUACAAAGAAAUGGCACCACUAUGAAUCCAUGGAGUUUUUGCGUGACUUAUGUCUUGUCAAAAAGGGAAAAGUUUCUAAUAUUGACGCUAUUGAUGUCGAUGACUCUGCGAGUAACAUUGGCGAAUCAAUAAAUGAUGAUGCAACUUGUGAUGGCCCAUCAGAGGCAUCAGGUACAACAACUAAAAAGAAGAAGACCUCGGGACAGCAGUCCGAUGCAUUAGAUAGAAUUGCCGAUUCACUCUGUCGACCAUCAACUCCACUUGUAUUACCACCAGCACCCAAAUGUGAUGAAAUUGAUUCGUCAUUAGCAGUAAUCGGAUGGAGGUUAAGACAAAUGAAUCCAACACAACAAUUACAUGUCAUUCAGCAAAUGAUGAACCUAACUUUUGAUGUACUCACAAAAAAUUAAGUUUUAUUAUUUUUUUAAAAGCAUACAUCUGUUACAUUUUUAUAAUAAAGUUUAAAUCAACUCCA